CUCGGGAUGUCCCGAACUUUCUAGAUCACGGGCGCGAUAGCUGCCUCACGCAACUGUCUUUCAGCACACCCAUUUAUUUAUUCGACACUUGCGCAUACAUAACAAUACGAAUAUCUUUGACGCAUAGCCCAUUCCUAUCCUACGAUCGCAUCAAGCACACAUCCACGCGCCGUAUCGAGUCGUCAACCCCACAUACUCUGACCUCUUAUCCUCCACCGCCACCCACCUCCAACCCAAACUCCACGCGCGCGCGCAUACCCACCCACCCACCAUGGGUUCCGUAGUCCUCCCCCACCUGCGCACAGGAUGGCACGUCGACCAAGCCAUCCUCAGCGAGGAGGACCGCCUAGUUCUGAUCCGCUUCGGCCGGGACUCGGACCCCGACUGCAUGUCGCAAGACGAGGUACUCUACAAGAUCGCCGACCGUGUAAAGAACUUUUGCGCCAUCUACCUCUGCGAUCUCGACGAAGUCCCCGAUUUCAAGGCCAUGUACGAGCUGUACGAUCCUUGCACUGUCAUGUUCUUCUUCCGUAACAAACACAUGAUGUGUGAUUUUGGAACGGGAAAUAAUAACAAGCUGAACUGGGUGUUGGAGGAUAAGCAGGAGUUUAUUGAUAUCAUUGAGACGGUAUAUCGGGGGGCGAAGAAGGGUAGAGGUCUGGUUGUGUCGCCGAAGGACUACAGUACUAGGUAUAGGUACUAGAAAAUUGGGCACGGGUAUGGGUCUGGAUAUAUGGCGUAUUGGGGUUUGGAUAGGACGAGAUUGAUACCAAAAAGACCAGAGCAGGCGUGAUUCCUACCACGAG